AACUGUACUUUUACUUGAGUAGAUUUUUUCAGUACUUUUUCCAUCUCUGUAUCUUUCAUAAGGACUGAAUGGGGAUACAUGGAUUCUUUUUUCCCGAAUUGACAUGUGAUCAAAAGACACGAAACUAUAACUCAUGAGACAUUAACUCAAAUGUAUUUAUUCAAAAUGUAUAUUUCAACAGAUAUCUUUAACCAGUGAUUAGCCAAUUUACCGCAGGGUGUAUUUCAAUAAGACCAGCUCAAACUUUAAGAUUUACAUGUAUAUACAUUUUAGAUAUGCAUUUUGGACGACAUAUCUUUAUAUUGCCGAUAACAACAUUUAUCGUUAACAAGAAGAAGUAGAAGGGAGCACGGAAACUGAACAAAAACUGAGAAGUGACAUUAGAUCCCGCCCAUUUUUGGGUUGACCAAUAUAUAGGCCGGAAGUGAUUCUACUUCAAAAAUGUUUCACGGAAGAGGCGAGGAGUGAUGUUGACGUUACGCUAAAUAAACGCAGGAAUGCCAGGGGUAGACUACGGGGAGCUGGGGGGAAGCCUCCCUGCCAUUGCCUCCCUGAACGCGUCCUACUCUACAACUAUGUCCCUGCCCUCGCCAUACAUGCUGGUACCCCCCGGGGAGCGAAAGGUCAUCUCUGACGUGCGGCGGACAUUCUGUCUCUUCGUUACCUUCGACCUCCUCUUCAUCUCCCUCCUGUGGAUCAUUGAGCUCAAUAUGUCCCACACAAUAUGGGACAACCUGAAGACCGAGGUCCUCCUCUACAGCUUCUACUCUUCCUUUUUUGACAUCUUUCUCCUCGCUCUGUUUCGCUUCCUGUCUCUGCUGCUGGGUUAUGCAGCGCUGCGACUUAGGCACUGGUGGGUGAUUGCGAUCACCACUCUAGUUACCAGUGUCUUCCUUGUCAUCAAGGUUAUCUUGUCCAACCUCUUUUCCGAGAAUGCGUUUGGCUAUGUGCUACCCAUCACCUCCUUUGUGGUGGCCUGGCUGGAGACCUGGUUCCUGGACUUCAAGGUGCUCACGCAGGAGGCAGAUGAUGAGAGGGCCUACCUGGCUGUCGUGCACGCUGCGUGCGAGCGUGCACCGAUGAUGUACCCCCCUCCCACGUCGGAUGGACAGUUCUACUCCCCGCCAGAAUCCCUGGCAGGGUCGGAAGAGGAUCUGGAUGAGGAGGGUCUAGGCCGCCGAGCAGUCACAGCCGAGGAGAAGGAGUAUGUUAGGCAAGGCCGCGAGGCCAUGUCUGUGGUGGAGCAGAUCCUAGCCCAGGAGGAAAACUGGAAGUUUGAGAAAAACAACGAAAUGGGAGAUUCCGUCUACACUCUGGAAAUUCCCUACCAUGGCAAAACCUUCAUUCUGAAGGCUUUCAUGCAGUGUACUCCUGAGCUUGUGUACCAGGAAGUUAUCCUGCAGCCAGAGAAGAUGGUCCAGUGGAACAAAACUGUGUCCGGUUGCCAGAUCCUUCAGAGGGUGGACGACAACACGGUGGUGUCCUACGACGUGGCCUCUGGGGCGGCGGGGGGGGUGGUCUCAGCCAGGGACUUUGUCAACGUGCGACGCGUGGAGCGCAAGGGUGAAUGCUACGUCUCCGCGGGCAUAGCGACGGAGCACGACGCAAAACCUCCGCACAGUCGCUACGUCAGGGGAGAGAACGGUCCUGGAGGAUUUGUGGUCCUCAAGUCCAACAGCAACCCGUCCGUGUGUACCUUCAUCUGGGUCCUGAACACUGACCUCAAGGGCCGUCUGCCACGCUACCUCAUCCACCAAAGUCUGGCUGCCACCAUGUUUGACUUCAUGACCCACCUGCGCCAGCGAAUCACAGACCUGCGUUCCUCUCGCCGUUAGGAAGGAUGGGGCGACGAGCCUCCAUUUAAAAAAGCUAUGUUGUGGGUGGUGCUGUCCCACGAUGAGCGCUGAUGACUCCCUAAUGGGUAGCGCUGCAUCAAAUGGGGAACUGACAUUGUUCACCCAGAUGGCCUGAAGAUGGUGUAUGUGUGUAAUGUCUACAGGCAUUUGCACUGUAUCUCAGUCGUUGGCUAACCGAUUUGGCUGUUUAAAGAAGAUUCUCUCUUCUUCCACUCAUCUCUUUUUGUUGUUGAACAUGGUUACGUGCAUAUUUUUAUGUAGGCCGAUGUACUUCACUUAUCUUUAAAAAAUCAUUUUUUGUAUCAUUGUGCAGUGACACUGUUUGGUCAGGAUUAUGUUUUUUUAGCCUAUCAGGAUUUGAGUUGGAGUGAGGUCAUUUUUUGUAUCUUGCCUCGAAAAGAGCCAAUGUCCCUUCACAACAUGACUGAGACAUUGCUGCAAACUCUCAUGUCUGGUCUGGCUAUGUUGAGCAGUAAAGACCAUGUCUCACCACUAGAGGGAGAUGCCACCAAUCAAAUGCAUUGAGUUUCAAUGGUCAGCGGCUUUGAUCUCACCAUUGUAGUCUCACGGAUAUAGGGCAAUAUACAAAUGUAUAGGCUCUGUUAGGAAGACGCAUUUAAAUACAAAUCAUCGCCACCAGCAAGCAGGUAAUCGGUAAUAGAUUCCCUCUAUUUCUGUGAAUUGUAUUGCUUGUGCCAUCGUUUGAGCGGAAUGAUGACUCACUGAUGGGUUGGACAAAUUAGUAACUGUGCAAAAUAUAAGUGUAGAUUGUCGACUGCAGAUAUUUAUAUUAAUCUUGUUUACUAAGGGAAUCCGAUCGGCCUUUUCUUAAUCCAUGUACAUAAAACCUAAAACUCUGCACCUCGUUGUAAUGAAGCUCCUGGGUAACCAGUUGGCCGUCUCAUGUGCAGACACUGCGCAUUGGUGUAAGGCUAAACUCUGUUUACUCCCUGGUAGAUGGGUCCAUUGAACGAUUUGACUGGGGGAGUAAGCAAGAGGGGCUGAGCUUGUGCCUUUCAUUCGCCAUAAAACUAGACAAAGCAUGACAAUUGUCUCUGGCCACAU